ACAGUUCCCCAUAUACUAGAAACUCAUACAGAAAUUUCAACCAAAAAUGGCCGUGAAGAUCUCGACCAUUUCAGUAUUGAUCCUCUCCCUUGCUCUACUUAGCCUCGGCCAUUGUUGUUAUGGCCAGCUUCGAGUCGGAUUCUACAGUACAAAGUGCCCAAACGUCGAAAACAUUGUAUCUAAAGUUGUUGGAGAGGCAUUCAUCAAGGAUUCAUCCAUUGCACCCGCAAUGAUCCGCCUUUAUUUUCACGAUUGUUUUAGCAACGGAUGUGAUGCAUCGCUUCUUCUAGAUGGUGUGAACAGUGAGAAAAAGGCGUCGCCAAAUCUAAGUGUACGAGGAUACGAAGUGAUAGAUGACAUUAAAUCUGCGGUCGAAAAAGAAUGUGACAGGGUCGUUUCUUGUGCUGAUAUCAUAGCUCUCGCGACUAGAGAUCUUGUUUCUCUUGCAAGUGGAGGGAAAACACGAUAUGAGAUACCAACAGGACGAUUAGACGGUAAAAUCUCUUCGGCUUUGCUCGUCGAUUUGCCGUCUCCAAAGAUGACCGUCUCGGAAACUGCUGCGAAAUUUGCUCAGAGGAAACUUAGCCUUUCCGAUAUGGUUCUACUUCUUGGAGGACAUACGAUUGGAGUGGCACAUUGUUCGUUCAUUAUGGACAGAUUAUAUAAUUUUCAAAAUACGCAACAGCCUGAUCCAUCUAUGGAUCCUAAAUUGGUCCAAGAACUAAGACUCAAAUGCCCUAAGGAUUCGUCAACUGAUGGCAUCAUUAAUCUGGAUCAAAAUUCUACGAGCUCGAAUACUAUGGAUGUAUCUUUCUACAAAGAGAUAAACAUUCGCCGCGGAGUCCUUCAUAUCGAUCAAAAACUUGCCACCGACGAUUUGACGAGUAAGAUGGUAUCGGAUAUAGCCAAUGGUAACGAUUUCUUGGUUAGGUUUGGACAGGCAAUGGUGAAUUUGGGAUCGGUGAGACUUAUUAGUAAGACCAAAGACGGGGAGAUAAGAAGAUCAUGUCGUUCUCCUUGCAACAAUCCAUUAUGCGUUUAAACAGUUGAAUAAAAUUACGCACUGUUU